GUUUCAUAAUUUUUGUCAUCAUGAGGCAGCAGGCCGUGUGUAAGGCACUUGAAAAAAAGGCAUUCCAUUUUCAUUUCAGUUCAGUCAAAACAUUUGAGGAAGUCAAUCCAUUCAGUCAGCCAGUUAGAUAAACAAAAUUUUUGGAAUAAAAAAAGAAUAGACAGAAAACACAAUAUGGCAAAAGUGAAACAACGGCCAACAAAAAUCAGGACACAGCAACUACAAGAACAACAGCAACAGAACCAACAGCAAAACCCACAACAACAACAACAACAGCAACAACCGCCUUCAAAAUCAAAAGCAAAGUCAAAGUCAAAUCCAGUGGCAAUCAUGAAAUUGAGCAACCAGCAACCCAAUCACAAUCCCAAUCCCAAUCCCAAUGUGAUGACCGUACUGAGAGCGCACCCAACAACGUUGACCAAGCCCCUCGUCAGUCCCACGAAGAAACGGAAGCCAAAGAAGCAGCAACAACAACAACAACAACCUAUACGAAGAUCCCACUUGAUGGCCAAUGCCUUGUUGCCCCUAAUGCCAUCCGCAAAGAAAAAGAAAUGCGAUGAGGGGCAACAAAAGGUUGACGGUAGCGCAGGUCGUCGUAAAGUGUCGGGGAAUGCAACCCAAACCCUUUUGGUUAUACGGGAUUCUCUGGAGCGCUUGGUGAAUCCCAAGAAGACUUCCCCAAAGAGUUCGCUUCGUCGCAAUCCAGAGACAACAGCAGCUGUCAGUGUCAAACUGGAGAAGGUGUCGCAUCAACCGGUCAGUGUGGAGACCUUCUAUGAUAAGGGACAGCGUGUAGGGUCGAACCGUUUGGCCCCAAUGCCGUUAAAGCAAUCGCAGAAGCUGCACUUGAGCACGGCGGCAGGAGCUGGAGGAGCAAGCGGAGGAGGCGGGGCCAGCGGUCUGUCAAGCGGUGGUCAAUCCACUGUCCAUACAGUGGGUGCCAAGCAAAAUCAAAAGAGUAAUGAAAUGGAGGUACCCCUAACAACUCGACUGCCCAUCAUUGACUUCAUUUCAACUGAUGAUUUUGCCCGAAUGCAUGCAACGAAAAAGCAAAAGGCUGCCAGACGUUUGGCAUUGGCUAAUGAAGCUAACGAGUAACUAAAUGAUGGUAUCGACUAAUCCCGAGUAAUCACGAGUAAUGCGUAACGCGUAACGCAAUUCACGAAAUUGAGGAACAGAACCGAGUAACGAACCGGCAAUCAUUGUUUUGGCUACUCGGCUUAUGUUUUAUGUUCUACACAAAAUUGCAAUUGAAACGGUCUUUUUUUGUUUGUCAAAUAAAUUCCCCCUCUUUUGGUGACCAGUGACAUAAAA